AUGGACUCUGCAGGGAACAUCUAUCGGCAUAAGGUCGAUUUCACGGCCCUGGCCCUGCAAGACCCGGCCUUUAAGGAGUUCUUGAGUGCAAAGGGACGGCUGGACUUCAGCAACCCGGAUGCUGUCAGGCAAUUGACCGUCAGCCUACUUCGCCGUGACUUUGGCUUGGACGUCGAGCUCCCUGAUGACCGGCUCUGUCCGCCGGUCCCUAAUCGGUGCGUUGUUGUGCUCUUUUGCUUUGAUGUUGAUGUUUAUGGAGCCUGA